CAGUGCAAGGUUCAACCUACAGGAAAUACUCACCUAUUUUUUGGGUUUGUAAGAGUCCACUACUUCCGUCCUUCCUACCUUGUAAAUACGACAACUGGGCAAGAACUGAUCCAGCUGGCAAUGCAAUCCUCCUUGUGCCCCACGGUGUUUGUGCUCCAUGUCCUGUGCUGUGGGACUCUAUCAGCCGCUCAGAACAAUAUGACAUUGAAGGCCCACAAAGAGAUCAUCAAGGCAAGGGUUGGGCAGCCCGUUAUGAUACCCGUGACUUACACCCUGCUGGAGGAAGCCAUACCAAGAUUCCCUUCAUUUAAGUGGGAACGCAAUGGAGAACUUCUUUUGUUUUUCAGCCCUCAGACCUGUUAUACAGGCCUAGAGGGUUCCGCCAACAACUGCAGCGGAGAGCCCUUUCUGCCACCAGGAUUUACCAAUAAUCUUACUUUCUUCCCCGAAAAUGCUUCUUUGUUUAUCCCAAAGGCACAACUCAACGACUCUGGGAUGUAUAAGUUAUCAAGCCGAGAGUCUUCAGAUAAUGUAUCUAUCAGGCUCAGUGUAUAUGGAUCAGAAGCUUCUGGUCAAGAUCAAGAUUCAAAUCUGAAUUUUACCCUCAUGACAUCCAUUAUCCUGAUCAUGAAGGUUGGCUUUAUAGCAGUGUUGACGUAUUCCAUGAGAUAUAGAAGAUCAGAAGUUCAAAGUGAAUAUAUACAGGAGAGGAGAAACAGAAGAUAAAGUCUCUGCUGAUUGGCUGUGAGUGGCACGUGAUGUAACAGGGAAAGCUCCAAGCAACUGUAAGCAGAGACACCAGCAUCCAAUCAAACUUUGUACUGGCCCCUGAAAAUGACCCGUGAGGGGGUAAUUUAUCAAGUGAUAAACACAAAACACAGGACCAGCACCACAUUUUGCACUUUGCUCCCUGUCCUGCACCUUAAAGAAAUUGCAGCAGAUCACUGGACUCCAAAGACAGAGCAGAGAGGCCAGCAUCCCCCCAUGAAUACAGAACAGGUUGGGGAUGUUGGUGGGUGCAGAGCACAGGGGAGCACAGGAUGCAAUGGAGCCCUGCCUGCUGCCUUUUGCUCAUCAGCGCUGCACUCUGAUGAACAGUGCUGUACAGUCUAGGGACGCAAUGAAUCCAGGAUUUGGCCAAGAUUCGGCCAUUUUCAGCAGGAUUCAGAAAAUUUAAUCCUUACGUAUCCUAAUGUACAUAUACAAACGAUUCCGUUCAAAUCUUUUAGAAAGGAUUCAGGGUUUGUCUGAAUCCGAAAAUAGAGGAUCCGGUGCAUCCUUAGUACAGUCCCAUGUUUGGCCUUAGAACCAUAGGAGGUGGAUAAUGUGGUACAUGCACUCCAAAGAGAUUAAAGGAAAACUAUACCCCCAGAAUGAAUACUUAACCAACAGAUAGUUUAUAUUAUGUUA